AUGGGUUAUAAUUGGCCCUAUUACUUUUCACCUGGUCUCAAAUGUUAUAAUUCGUCUGUAUUCAACUGCUUGAACAAUACGCUCUGUUCUCCGUACUACGGAUGUGGUACGCAGUGCAGAACAAAUUAUAAUUCAGCGUGUGCUAAUGACAAUCAAACAAUAUGUGAUGGGUUUGAUUAUUAUAAUUUCAAUGUUUAUGUUUGUGGUACACAGAAACAGUGUUAUGAUAAUACAAUAAGUGUCUGUGUGAAUAAUAACACUGUUUGUCCAAUUGGAAAUCAACUUUGUUCUGGCGUAUGCUACAAUCCACAAACACAAUAUUGUACAGGUGGCAACAAUACUAUCUACUGUCUCAAUAAUCCUUCAUCGUCAAGCUGUCUUCUUACUUCUUCUCAAACUCCUGCUGGACGGACGAGUUCAACGUCAGCACGUAGCACUAGUAGAACAACAACAAAACUUACGACCACUACUCCGCGAACAAGCGCUACUACCAGUAAGAUAACAACAACACGGUCCACAAUGAGAACGGCCGCCACCUCUCCCAGUAUAACAACACCAAAAGCACCUUCAGAAACAGCAGCCUUGAAUAGCACUUGUUGUGCAGUAAAAGAAUGUACAGCGGAUGCCGAUUGUUGUCAACGUAAUAUUGAAUGCCAGUGUUAUCGACAUAAUCAGACUGAUAUUUAUGGUUCAUGUCUGAACCCGUACGUUACACCUAUUUGUGCUAAUGGCUGUCCCGUACAAGCUAAAUGUAAAUAUGAUACAGACUGUUGUAAAUGCCAAUGUGCACAAGUAACCUUUACAAAUUCAGAUGGACUGUUAGUUACAAAGAAACAAUGUGCAGAGCGAUGA